AUUCGUGAUUUUCACGAAAGAAGAAAAAUUGUGUGGGUGUGAAAGUGAAAACGUAAUUUAUUGAAGUGAAUUUGUUACUUAUUUUUUUAUUGUUGAUUUGUCUAUAGAAAGCUUCUACAUGUGAAAAGGAUAUUAUUAAAAGAAAACUAAAAGACAUUAAAUUGAAUAGGAAACAAUGUAUUUAACACGACGAAGAAAGGUGACACCAUCUACUAAAUGUCCUACUAGUCAGGACGUUCAGGAUAAUUGUAGUGAAUCCAAAAUUGCUAAUUUCAAGCAAGGAAAGGAUUUAGCCGUGGAGGCUGGAGUGAGUAGUGGAUCGUCCUUCUCAUCCCUUGCGGAUGAUGUGAAGAUAUCAAUUGAUAGUGGUGAAUGUGGCUUUGUGCGCAGUGAAAUACGUCGCAGUAAAUCAAAAGUACGAUCCUACUUGAGACGCUGCAAGGAGGCUCUUAUUGGGAGUUCAAGUGGGGUUGAAAGUAACAACGUCGUGGAUUACGAUGCGGCCUUUCAGGCAAAAAAAUCGUGGUGCUGUGAAAGUAUUGAGUUGAGUGUUGAGGUGGAAAACGUUGGCGAUGCACCGAGAGGAGUUACCUUUGAUACGAAUCAACCUGUGUCCCAGAAUAUUCACUCACACCCUGUUGGGAAUUGUUGCCAAGGAAAUGAGGACAGUGGCAGUGUGACAAUGCUGGUAGACAGAUACUUUAGUCACCUCUAUCCAGGCUACAAUGGACACAUUCGCUCAUUGCUAAUUCGUCAGGCUCGUGAUCUCCUUGUAUGCACAUUUUAUGGCAAUUUGAAUCAAUUCGAGACAGAGUUUUUAGCACCAGGAGCUAAACUCAUUGAACAUGCAAAGCAAGAAUGUUUAUGCGGUGCGACACUAUCCUGGCACCCGGGUUGGCCUCUAUGCGUUUCUGGGGCAUUGGUACUGCACCUUGGUACACUUGAGGAGUCUCUAGUGCGCCCACAGGAUAUCUACCUAUGCCUGCGUCCAAAUCCAUCCGGAGGAUCCACCAGUGAGGGAUCCAACCAAGGAAAUUGGCCACAAUUGCAGGCUGUGUGGCAUUCACCGAAAACUGGCAUCAUCUACAGAUCUCUGAGUGUGAAGCGUGAGACACUUAGUCCGCUGGCAAUUGAAAUGCUGGCGGACGACCUGCCACAGUUGCUCCAGAGUCUAUUGGUGGGAGUUGAACGGGUCAUCUGUCGGAUGCCACUGGAUGAUUUGACUUUCCCCGCAUCGGCAGCUGUGGAGGAGGUAGAGGAGUCAAAUAGAAAUUCAGUUGGAGCACGGAGACUUCCUGAGAGCACUAUAAGGCGCCGCGAGCUGAUAACACGAAACACCAUGAUUAACAACAAGUACACACUCUUGAGAGCCAUCAAGACUGAAUCCGGCACAGUGGAAUCCACAGGCGAGACAUCCUCAGGCAGUACCACCACACCAGACGCCGUAUCCAUGCCACUCUUCUGUUUGGGUGGAUCUUUUCCUCAUAUUGACAGUGACGAAGAAAGUGGUGAUGAUACGAACAAAGCAAACAACUCAGAAGAUAAUGCUCUCCAACAAAUCACCCCUCCCAAAUCAAUACAAGAUUUACCAGAGAAAUUACUAAUGGCAGGAAUUUACUUACCAGGAAUAAAAGACAAGAACAACAAUUCAGUAAUCGUGAUUGAGGCCCAAAAACUACUUCGAGCAGCUCUCAACUGCUACGAAAUAGCAACAGUUCUUCUCUACUACAACACAAUACCUACAAGCCCCGUCCCUUUUACCGUGCACUUGGUACUGAACGAAAGUGCCCAACGGAGUGUUGUGGAACUCGUGGAUAGUAGCUUGAAAUUGGUGCAUGGCCAUGUUGCUGUUGAGCGUGUUAUCUUGUCCGGGACAUUCCAGAUAUCACCAACAGAUGAACAGCACCCGUCCAGAGAUCACUUGCCAGCCAGUCAUGUCGAGAUUAAAUACUGCUGCUGUCCGUCUGAUUCAUCAAUCAGUAAUUACAUAAGCCCACAAAACAUCCUGCAAACGUGCGGCGGCGAAUACGAGCACGAUCAGCAACAAUGGAGGGAAUUUUUUGCUGCCCUGGAGCCAAUGCAAAGUCAGUGUGUUUCGGUGGGAAAGAAAUUAGUUACCGUAAUGGGAGACAUCAGGAAUUCCGAUCAGCAGGGCAUACUUUCGAGGAGACAGCUUCAUUCGCAGCACCGUGCCCUAAGUCGUGCUCUAAUGGAUCCUGAAUUGCAAAAUCUCCGUCGGAAGGGUUUGGCUACGUUGUCGCGCCUCCAGGAACGAGCACAGCGCAUUUCAGGUCAGAUCCCACAGAAGGAAGAUGACAAUCUCCGUACCAACAAUGACUCGUAUGACUCGAAUCAUGUGGCUAUGCGUCUGCAAGAGGUGCUGACUAUAUUCCAUGAAGUUGAUCGUGCGGCACUGAGGUUGGAGCAAAUGACUGAGCAGCGCAGAGAGCGACUUCGUGAAAUGACUCGCCAGCGGGCACUCGAGGAUGAAAUCAAUGAGGUCUUAACGUGGAUGAGAAACGACGGCGAUGAAUCUGUUCAUAAAUAUACACAAGUUCCACUGGAAUCGGGCGACAUAAUUAAAGAUCACGAGCAAGAUUUUGAGAAAUUCUACUUCAUAUCGAUGAAACAUCUUGCCAAAGGUCGAGAUCUUCAUGAGGCAACAAUGGAGAUUGAAAAUCUCCGUGAUAGUGCAUGCAAUCUCAAGGAAAAUCUCCGGGAAUUUAGUGAAAAAUUAGAGACAACACGCGAGAGGAUUGAAGGUGCUGCGAGGUUGCAUCAUUUACUGGGGUUGCACAUCAAGGAGGACGAUGUGCAGCAGGAGAUGCAGAAGUUGGCUGAGAAAAUUGGUGAUCACGGGCUCAUUGAGCGAUGUCGUGAGAAUGCCAAGGCAAAGGAUCCCAUUGCGGUAGCACAGAAACCAAAUACCCCAUCUGUCCAGGAAGAAAUCUGCUGGUUGGAUCAGGAGAAUCCGAAGCAAGGUGUACCGCUGCUGGCCAAAGAGGAGGACAUCCCCGGUGAGGAUGGGACGAAUCUCGAGGAGGAAGAUGAGGAGCACUCAAAGUUAGCCGAUUCCGGACUCAGUGGGUGCGAUCGGUGUGAGAAUAGUGACAAACUAACGCGUGCUUGUUCGUGUCAGAGCUUCGAAGAUGCCGCCCUAGGGGGGUGCGUGAAGAGCACCAACAGCGAUGAUCUCGAGGAGGAUUGCUUUGAAAUUGCCCAAAAGCAACAUACCGCAGACGUACCAGCACCCUUUCAGCCAAAUUCCCAUUUGCAUUGCCAUUCAUCCAAUCUCCACUUGUCCGAAUUGGACGAGGCGACGGGCUUGGAUCAGAAAACACAAAAGACGCUUCUUUUGAUCAUGCGGGAAAUGAUUGGAACAGAACGCGACUACGUUCGAGCAUUGCAGUAUAUAAUUGAGAACUAUACGCAAGAACUUCUGAGAGAUGAUAUUCCACAGGCACUGAGGGGGCAGAGGAAUGUAAUUUUUGGGAAUGUCGAGAGAAUAUAUGAAUUUCAUCAACAGCAUUUCUUAGAAGAGCUCGAAAGAUUUGAGAAGAAUCCUCUUAAAGUGGGAUCAACUUUCCUUCGGCAUGAGAGUGAAUUCUACCUCUAUGCACUUUAUAAUAAAAAUAAACCCAAAAGUGACUCCCUGAUGAGUGAAUAUGGUACAUCAUUCUUUAAGUCCAAACAACUUGAAUUAAACGACAAAAUGGACUUAGCGUCGUAUUUACUUAAGCCUGUACAACGAAUGGGAAAGUAUGCUCUUCUUCUUCAACAACUCAUGAAAGCUUGUUCCAAUGUUCAAGGAUCGGUACAGAGGUACAUUGCGGAGGAUUUGGAUGAACUACAGAAGGCUGAAACGAUGGUUCGUUUUCAAUUGCGCCACGGCAAUGAUCUCCUUGCCAUGGAUUCACUUAGAGACUGUGACGUUAAUGUUAAGGAGCAAGGAAGACUUCUGAGGCAGAAUGAGUUUCUCGUUUGGCAAGGACGUGGUGGGAAAAAAUCCCUACGCCAGGUUUUCCUUUUUGAAGAAUUGGUUCUCUUCAGCAAAGCCAGGCGUUUUCCCGAUAGAAAGAACCUAGACCUUUACAUCUACAAAAACAGCAUAAAGACAUCAGACAUGGGCUUGACGGCCCAUGUGGGUGAUUCAAGUACAAAAUUUGAAAUUUGGUUCCGCAAAAGGAAACCAGGUGACACAUGGACCCUCCAGAGUAUGUCCGAGGAUAUUAAAAAUGCAUGGACUGAGGAAGUUUCCAAACUUCUGUGGAAGCAAGCUAGGAAGAAUCGAGAAAUUCGAUUAAUGGAAAUGUCUUCAAUGGGAAUUGGAAGUAAACCAUGCCUUGACAUUCGACCGAGCCAAAAUCAAAUUAAUGAUCGUUCUAUAAGCUUUUCGCAGCUUGGAAAAGCUCCAAAAUUCCGCAACUCCUUUACGGCAAAUCAGACAGAAAUAAAGACAACACGACGUCCCAAUUCUGUUAUAUCAGUGAGCAGUAUGUCUUCCGGUACGAGUAGUUCAUCCGUAAGUACGAGUGCCGGUUCAAGCAAUGGCAGCAGUUCUGGAGCUGGAAGCAAUCUUCAGCGUACAAAUGCCCUUCAAUUGGUCGAGGAGGAUAUUCCCAUUACAACCUGCAUCUCAUCCACAUUGGCAACGAUGAAUGGACGAAAACACCACCGUUCGACAACAUUAGUCAGUCAGUGCUCAAUGGAAAGUGGAAUAAUUGCAGACUUUUCUCUGUCACCGGAUGAAUCGAGUGAUGUCCCACCAAAUUGGAGUCAUACACUGAUGAAGUCACAUAGCUCCACUUCGACGUCUGAUAACCAAACAAUUGCCACAGAUGCUGAAGAGAGGCCACAAGCUGCCACAUCGCCAUCAUCUUCCCCCAAUCCCUAUAUAACUGACUCAGUCACCGUCCACCUCUAGAGAACCACUGGAAGGUUCUUUCCAAGUUCACAAACUCUGGAUGUUUGCACCUGGACAUGUAGUAUACAUUACAUAGGAUGCUCUAUACAACAAACAAUAUUUUCUUUUUGGCUUUACAUCGUCUAACAGGACUGAAAUUCAGUUCAUAAAAUCCAAAGCUUCAGGAGCUUUAUAAAAAAUGGAUAAAUCUCUUAAAAAAAGCAUUGUUCGUUGUAAAAGGGAUCGACUGUAGGGACAAAAUUACAUGAAGAAAAUUUAGUAAAUAAAUAUUGUAAAACAAUUUUAAUUUUCUACACCAAAUUUUGAAUACCACACCGAACACAACUUGACGAAUUUUUUGAAUAGUAUUUCCCCAAUUUCCCAGUGCUCUUAAUUUUCCAAUUUUCACAAAAAACUUUCUACAGAUCCUUACAAAUCACUCGCCACAUCCUUCACUCAUGAAUCUUUAAGUUUUCCUUUAUUUAUUGCACCAGUGAAAAAAUCUUGGAAAAUUUGGAAAUUUCCUUUAAACAAUCAGUCUGAAGAUCAAUUUUUCAAUUUAAAAUUAAAUUGUCUUGAGCAAGGAAAUUGAAAAUAAAAUAUACAACACCGGUUUUAAGUAUCCUUAAAUUGAAUAAAUUGAAAGUUAAUUUUUGAAUCUUAAAUAAUCAAAUUUUCAGAAAAAAAAUUAGACAAGCAGAGAAAAUGUAUUCAAACUCAAACCUUCCAAUCCAAUCUAUGGAUGAAAUUGGUUACUAUGUCCCGGCCUAAGUUUCUUAAUUCAGAAUUAGGUUGUCUUACACUGGGCUUUAGUUUUUUAAGCUACAUCUCAGUCUCUAGACAAAUUUUAUUUUUUUUCCGGAUUUUAGUUCUUAGUUUAUUCCUAAGUUUUUUAAAGCUAGGCUCAAGUUUUUUAAGUCAUACCUUAACUUCCUAGACCGUGGAUUAAUUUUUUUGACAGACUGAACUAAGGCUAAAUCAAAUUCAGUUUCUUCUGAUUUUGAAGCCUCAAAAACCUGAUUAAAAAAAGUUAAAGCUUAAAUCUGGAUUAAGGAACGGAUUAAGCUAGACUUAGUAGUGAACUUCUUUUUAUUUAAUUUAUGACAAGUGUCUGAAAAAUUAAAAACCUAAGAAAUUUUGAGUAUAAAAAAAUAUUUCCAUUAAUUUUGCGCAAGAUUUUUCAUUUUUCUAACUAACUUUCCCUAAAAAUUGUCCUUUCCUUCCAUUAAAAAAAACUGUGAAAUGAUCUUUAUCUUCCUAAUUCGAUGAAUUAAAAAAUAACUCAAAAGAUAUCUUUUAGAAUUUAUGACUGAUUUUACAACUUUUCAAUUAAAAAAAAAAAAACAUUUUGGCAAGUUUUUGUCCCAAACAAAAAAUGAAUAAAUUACCUAUAGAUUUAUUGAGUUUUACUAUUUUUUCUUUAACAUUUAGAGGCAAAUUUGCAUACAAAUGAAAACAUCUUUAUGAUAGUAUUUUAAGCUACAACAUGUAUGAUCAAAUAAUAGAGCUUUUCUCUAGAAUAAUGUCAUCAUUAUUAAUGCAAAAACACAUCUCUAUAUGUCCAUUUUAUUAAUUAAAACAUUCUAUAAGGAAUGUUAUGUUGAAAAAAAUGAUAAGAAGUAAAAAAAAAAUUAAAUUGUCUGUCUAAAUCAAAACAACAACAAAAAACAUUUACAUUUAUUAUUAUAAAAUUAGGUAUAUAAAUAUUUAAAUAACAACAACAACAAAAUUAACACUAAUAAUGUUGCAAAUUAUCUACCUAUUUUUCGCCAUUUUAGCAUAUAAGUCCUGCCACAGAGAAAUAUAUAUAUUUAGUAGAUUAUUAUGUAUCUAUCCCAAAACUUUUACUAAUUAAUUUCCAAAUAUAUAAUAUUUUAUUUUUUUUGUAAUGUCACGUUUUUUUUCUUGAAUAUAUAUUAUGAUUUAUUAUACAGCAAUAAAAUGGAAUUUUAUUCUUUAACAUAAAAA